AUGGAGCUGACCAACUGCCCACUCUGCCACCGGCCGAUGAAUGAUACGGGCAGAGGACAGCCGAGAGGGAAUGAAGAACCAGAAGGCGAAUUUGUCAAUCCGAAUUACUUUCGCAUGCUCGACAACAGCCUCCCGAGCUCCGCAACCUCAUCGUCUCCCCCAUCUCCGCGCCGCCGUUUAGUGCAACCCGCACUCCCGGGCGGACCAACAAAUCAAAGGUCUCCCGAGCCGACCUCAGCCCCACAGGGUAUAUCCUCCGCUGCGUUCAGUCCAGAUUAUUUCAAGAGAUUCUUCGUGGAAGAGCGGGUGUUGGGGAAAGGCGGAAAAGGUGUGGUGCUCUUGGUGAAACACGUACUGGACAGUGUGUCGCUGGGUCAUUACGCUUGCAAACGUGUACCCGUUGGUGAUGACCAUGAAUGGCUGGAGAAGGUGCUUGGCGAGGUACAGCUUCUGCAACAUCUCUCACACCAGAACCUGGUCUCGUAUCGCCAUGUCUGGCUCGAGAAUGCCAAGAUAAGCACAUUCGGCCCCAGUGUGCCGUGUGCUUUUAUCCUGCAACAAUAUUGCAAUGCCGGUGACUUGCACGAUUAUAUCUGUGGCAACGUGCAAACAUCAACCACCGCGCAGCAACUCAAAGAUCGCCUUCGCCGGAAGUCAAAGGGGGAACCAGACCCUCAGUCUGACCUGGGUGGACCUCGCAAACUUCAGCUUGACGAGAUCUACUCAUUCUUCCGUGACAUCACUUCUGGGCUGCGCUAUUUGCAUGCUAGUGGGUACAUCCAUCGUGACCUGAAACCGAACAAUUGCCUCCUUCAUGAAACUGGUGAUGGAAUCAGGGUGCUUGUCAGUGACUUCGGCGAAGUCCAGCAGCAAAAUGCUCAGCGGACGUCCACUGGCGCAACUGGAACGCUUUCAUACUGCGCACCCGAAGUCCUCAGACAAGAGUACCCUGACGGGCCCUUCGGCAAUUUCACCUUCAAAUCUGAUAUUUUCUCUCUCGGCAUGAUCCUCUACUUCUUAUGCUUUGCAGCUCUUCCGUAUGCGAAUGCCGACAUAUUGAAUGAAGAGAAAGAGGAUCUCGACCAACUUCGUGCUGAAAUCACCAGCUGGGCUGGGUUUGACCAUGCACGAGCUAUUCGUCCCGACCUCCCCGAGAAGCUUUACCGAUUCCUAGAGCGGUUACUGUCCGUUGAUCCAGCCCGACGGCCAUCUGCCGAAGAAGUUCUCAAUGGGAUUCAGGUCGGAGCAAACGCAAACGAUAACUUCCGUUUCCGAAAGCCUAGCACGAGUUCACCGAGUCCAGACAUGCCUGGUGCUCGAAUUCAGCCCCUAGACCCUCGACCAUCUACAGAGCGAACUCUCUCCCCCAUCAAAAAGCUUCCCCGAAAUCCAACAUCCUUCCGGCGCGACUCGGGCUUUGGACUCGACUCGAGUCAAUUCCGCAGCAACACAGCGCCUGUCUCUAACGCCGCCGAGAAUACCUUGAGCACAGGUUCAGAUCGAGACAUCGUUGUUCGGCACCGUCAUUCAACUUCACCACCAGUGCCUCAGCAUUUGCAUGACCAACCACCCUCUCCGCAAUUCCAGCCUCAACCUAUUCCUCAACACCAUCUCCUUCCCCCGCCCCCAAGCCGCUUUCCUCUUAUUCAGUCAUUGAUAUCCUUCACUGUAUCAUCAACCGCUGUACAGACCGCCGUAUUCUUUGUCAAGGUCGAAUCCCUUCUGCAUCCCUGCUCCCCACUGGCUGUGCAUCCCUGGGUUCUGUACCCCCUUCUGCUCUCUGCGGCAUUGACUUUGAGAACACGCAGUCUUCAAGUGCAGUUACUUGCUGCUUUUGUCCAUCUGCUAGUACUCGGCCUAACCUACCACUUCGGUGGGCUUUGUGUUUGGCCUAGAAGGGGGCGAGAUGAGCUCUGA